AUGGCUCAAACAUUCGAUGUCACUGCUCUCCGCAAGCACUUUCCCGCUUUGGAUAAGAAGCAGGUGUACUUUGAUAAUGCAGGUGGAAGUCAGGUCAUUCAAGAAGUGAUUGACUCUGUCUCCGAGUAUCUGUCUGGUACAAACGUGCAACUGGGUGCUUCGUACCCGGUGGCCCAGAAGUCAACCAAUCUGUUUGCAGCAGGCAAGGAUGCUGUAGCCAAAUACAUCAAUGCCAAUUCAGAUGAAGUUGUUCUCGGGCCUUCAACCACUCAACUGUUCCGCAACCUGUCUUUGGCACUGUACGAACACCUCACACCCGGCUCAGAGAUCAUCCUCUCCAAACUCGACCACGAAGCGAACGUAGCAUCAUGGCUCCAAAUGGCCGAAUGGAGAAACCUGACCGUCAAAUGGUGGGAUGCUCCCGACAAGCAAAACCCCAAACUCGAACCUUCCGUCCUCAAGUCUUUACUCUCCGAAAAGACAAAACUGGUCUGUUGCACACACACUAGCAACAUUCUCGGUACGAUCAGCGAUAUCAAGCAGAUUGCCAAGACGGUGCAUACCGUGCCUGGAGCUUUGCUAUGUGUAGACGCUGUGGCAUAUGCACCCCACAGACAAGUCGAUAUGCGAGACUUGGAUGUCGAUUUCUAUUGUUUCUCAUGGUACAAGGUGUAUGGCCCUCACAUUGCCAUGCUAUACGCCAAGCAGUCAAGCCAAUCGAGUUUGCAAACCUUGGGCCACUAUUUCAAGGGCUCUGCGACAUUGGAAGAUAAACUUGGACUCGCAGCUGCCAACUAUGAACUCACUGCUUCAAUCCCCAAAGUAUGCGAGUACCUGUCUCAGAUUCCUUGGGACGCAAUCUCCGGUCAUGAGGAGAAGCUGCAGGGUAUUCUGAUCGACUACCUCAACUCGAGGAGUGAUGUCAAGAUUUGGGGUGAGCCUGUCGCAGAUGCUGCAAAGCGAGUCCCAGUCAUCAGCUGGACUGUCGACGGGCGUAGCAGCAAAGACAUUGUUGACGCUGUCGAGGCAAAGAGUGACUUCGGUUUCCGCUGGGGUGCUUUCUACUCGAACCGUCUGGUCCAGGAAGUCAUGGGCCUUGAUCCUGUGGACGGUGUGGUUAGAGUCAGUCUUGUGCAUUACAACACAGAGGACGAGAUCAAGCAGUUCGUAAAAGUGUUGGAUGAGGUGCUCUCUAACUAA